AUGUCGAGAUCCAGGCCCACGAGCGGGUCCUUGAUGCCCGGCGCUGUCAUUGUCACGCCACCUUCACUUUCCGAAAUUCUUGCCAACACGUCUUCUCCUCCGUGGACCUUGGCCGCUUUCAUGGCCUACCUUUCUCAGAACCAUUGCUUGGAAACGCUAGAGUUUACUAUGGAUGCGGAGCGAUACCGAAAGGAUUACGACAAGUUCAUCACCAACAAGGAUUGGGCUGGGGAGGGUGGAAACGACCAUGUCUGUCAACUAUGGGAGAAACUGAUGCAAGCCUACAUCAUCCCCUACUCUCCCCGGGAAGUCAAUCUCCCCUCUCCCGUGCGAGAUCGUCUCAUUGCCCAGACCUGCUCGACGAGCCCUCCAUCGCCAUCCGAGCUCGAUGAGGCCGUGAGGAUUGUGUACGAGUUGAUGAAUGAUUCCGUUCUCCUUCCAUUCAUCGAAUCAGCAUUGCCGAAUCACAGCGAUGUGCGCAUGGACGAAGACCCGGUUGAUAUUCGCCAGGGCCGCUCGCGCGCUCGUGGAGCAGAUGAACGGAGCUACCAGCCGAUCCGCUUCGGCAUCGGUCUCUCCCGCGUCCGUCAUCUUUUCAACCCUUGGGAGGAGCCUCAUCCUGGCAAACGGCUGCCUCUUGCCGGGGCUAACCAGGAGACUGAGAAGGUUGCCAACGCUGGUUCAUACCACUUGAAUGGUGGACGUAGAGGUGGCAUGGCCGCGAAAGAACUUACUCCGUACAACCCCAAUCGUCCGUGGCUGGUGCGACGACCAAUUCGUGUCCGAGCUCGAACCAAUACGCCGGUUCCACUCAAAAUUACCACCGAGAUAUCCGAAGAUCACGAUGCGAAAUCCGCACCGAGACCGGCGGUUCGCGACAUCCACGUUCACUCUGCAAUGGAAACAACAGCUACUGUCAAUGAUGAGUGUGAAUCGGGAACCGAGAAGACGGAUGCCCACAUUGUGAAUGUUUCCGGCAAAGCAGACAUGAAACCGAGCGACCUGCCGCUGCCUGCUUCUCCACCAAUCGACUGUCAAUUCACCGACCUCUCCAACCUCCUUGGGAUCAAUGUUCAUUCCGAAGAGAAUAUCGCUGUAGACAACGCGGAGCCCGGAACAUACUGCCAUGUUGCCCCGGAUGAGGAUCUUUACGGAUGGGACGCUGAACUCGACCGGCAGAGUAAGCAAAGCAGUCCCCCUCUGCCCUGCCAGUACGAUCACGAAUAUCAAUACCGGCGAACGAGUUUGACAAAACGCAGCCUCUUGCACCGUGUUUUCAGCAUGGGGCCUAUACCCAAGGACAUCGACAUCGAGGUUCGUCGCGCAAGCAGCACCUCUAGUUAA